AUGACCCACCUACACCUACAUCGUCUGAAUGAUCUUACUAUUAAUUAUCUUGGUUAUUAUACUGAUAAUGGUGCUCAUUAUUAUUAUUAUAAUACAGAAAAAGGAAUAAAUUAUGAAGAAACGAUCGUCAAUGUUUAUCAUCAAAUUCUACUUCCAUUUCAUUAUAUUGAACUUAACUCAUGGUGGUAUUAUAAAGGAAUUCAAGAUGAUUUUUCUGAAUGGACAGCUCCUCCAGAUAUAUUUCCUAAUGGUCUUCAAGUCGUCCAUCGUAGAUUAGAAAAUAUUCCAAUAGCAGUACAUAAUCAUUAUUGGUCAUAUAAUACUGUUUAUAAACAAAAUUAUUCUUUUGCUGUUGAUUAA